GACAUUCUCUCAAUCGCCAAUCUACCAAGUUGAAUCAUCUUCAUAUUCGAGUACUGCGUGCAAUAUGCAUAGUUUUGGUUUGCGAUGAAGUUGAUGUCAUACUUGAUGAGACAAAUUGGCAAAGAACUUGUAAAUUUUUGUUGGUGAAAGGGGAUGCACAGAACAAAACAUGUACGGAACUCAGCGAUGUAUUGGAAUAUUUUCCAGACAAAAAAAGACUGGUUCAAUCCUUACAAAAGUUUCUCCAAAAGGCGAAUCACUUUGGAAAAAACCCAAAUUGGCUAUAUGGUAUGCCACUUCUACAUUUCCUUGAAGGUUUGUGUAAUCCUUUUGAUGAACCAACAUCUGAGAGGAAUCAUGCUGAUCAUGUGCCCAGGUGGUGGGGAAUAGAUGAAGUCAAAACAACAGUAGCUACCUUUAAACAAGAUAGUCACAAAUGGAUAUUCCCCCUCAGAGACGUUUUGAAAAGCCUACAGCCAUUGUUCGAAAUAGAUUUUUACCUGCCCCGAGCAAUAUCGGCCUGUUUAAAACCAGUUGAGCUAAGGGAAAUUAUCGGAGAGAAUGUAAUGCCGGUAGAAGUAUGUUGUGCCACAAUGAGUUAUUAUAUCAAAGAUUCAAACAAUUCGACAACACAAAAUAGUACAUCAACAUUUCAUGCAGAUGGCGAGGAACAGACCGUCAUCGAAUGUGCCGAAAAGCUUAUGAAAAGACUUCAGUGUGUAGUGUGUGAUAAAGAAAGAUCAGAAAAUCGAUGGCUACUUGCUUAUCUAAUUGCAUCAGAUGCGGUUUGUGAGUCAAGAAGUACAAACAAAACUUUAAAGGUCAUGUAUACCGCUCACAUAUUUCUGCACUGUGCAUCAGUUUACCGAAACAUCUGCAAGUCUUCAGAUAAUGGAAAGCAAAACGUCGAAAGCAUUGAUAAGAAGCAUUCAGAAGUUCAGAAGUAUGUGAUUAACUGGCUCGAGCAUCAUCAAAAGGAAUAUUGGUUAUCACAAAUGGCUGAACAUUUAAAAGUUUGGAAUUAUGCCUUCAUAGACAGACUCCAAAACGAAGAGAUGAAAAAAUGCUGGAAUUCAGAGAUGUCAAAAUCCUUGAGUAAAAUUAUUCAGAAACAGUGGAAUAUGAACAAGAGCGUGGCAUCAAAAUGUAUUCAAAUCAUUUGUAAAAGCUUUGACACAUACAGCCGACCGAUGCAAGAUUGUCUUAAUGAAUUGGCUCUGAAGGCAAUUGAAUCCGGUGUAGACGUAGACUUACUAUCGCUUGGAGAUGCAGAAAAGAAAAAGUUUGCUGGUCUUUUAUCAGAAAUGUUUAUGAGAGAAUGGCGGACAGUGAAAGAGGGUAGAGAUGAUAUGAAGGAAAUUCAAAUUUUGACGAUGGUAUUCACAUGGUCAACAUUUCGACAAUUUAUGAAACAAUUAUAUAAAAAUGUGAAGUACAGAAGCUGUCUUUCUGUGGAAUGUCAAAGAAACUUACAAUGUGUCGUGACUGUUAUUCUGUCACAAGCUCAGGCCAUGAUUGAAGGCAAUGUAACAGUAGGAACUCUGAGAUUAAUUCAAACAAACGAAAAUACUUUUUGCGACAUUAUACAAGAAAAUUUCACAGAUUCCAUCUCCUCCACACUUGUUCGUAAGGCAAUACGGAUAAGAUUAAAAGAAGUGAACGCGUUUGAACUACAAGUGGACCAAAUGAAGACAUUUGUAGAUUUAUGCUCACAUUGCCCUUCAGUAUGUGUCGAUGAAAUACAGGCGGUUCUUGAAAGACAUUCCAUGGUUUCAAAAAGUCUCGUCUCUGAGUUUUGCAAGACUUAUGUGAUAGACAUAGGAGCUGAUCAAGACAGUUUUAUUCCGAAAGUAUGUGCUUUUGAUAUUCCAAAUAGCCUUAACAGAAUAUUAGGAGAGUUGAAGAUGUACAAAGGAAGCAUUGUUUUUGAUAACAUGUGGAGUGAUGGCUGCAACAAGGCUCAGAAGGAUAUUCAAACAGUUGAUCUCCUUGUUCAAUUACUAUGGUUUCCGAUUAAAGAAAGAUGUAAUAACUUUUCCAAAAAUGUGCAAGCAGGUGAUAUCAAUUUUCAAACUUUCGCAAAUGUUAUUGGAGAUGUAUACAACGAUGAUGAGAAAGGAAUGUAUGCUGAACUUUCAAAACUUGGCAUUGAUGAUGAAUGUGCUAUGACACGACUUAAACAACUGAGGCAGUUUCGGAAAUUAGAGUUAUGUGUUCAUGGAGCACGCGUAAUACUUAAGUUUAUGGAAGAAUAUGAUCUGGAAGGAGAUUUCAAAUCUGUUGAACAUAUUGCACAUGUAAGUUUUAAGAUACAGAUGUUCCAGUUUUAUAUCAAAAUAUUAUGUUUGUUAUUUUGAUAUU